AUGUCUCAGUUACCACAGCAAGAGAAUAAUGGACAGCCCUUGGAUGCAUGCGCCGGGGGUAGUUACAUUAAUGCCGAUGGAGUGUUGACUCACUGGACUCGGGAGCAGGACACUGCCUUUGAGGACGCUCUUGUCAUCUUCCCGGAAGACCUCCCUGAGCCGGAGCGCUGGGAGAAACUCGCCGCUCUUGUCCCCGGAAAAUCGCCGGCGGAGGUCAGGGAACAUUAUCGCGUGUUGGUCCAUGACUUGAUGGAGAUUGAGGCCGGUCGAGUCCCGUUACCUCUUUACUCCGAUGACUUGUCGCCGGUGCAGGUGAAGAACAACAGUGGUACCCAUAGAAAGAAAGGGGUGGCAUGGACUGAAGAGGAACACAAGUUAUUUCUGUAUGGGCUGCAGACAUUUGGCAGGGGAGAUUGGAGAAGCAUUGCUAGAUAUGUAGUUAAGACAAGAAAUCCAACACAAGUUGCUAGUCAUGCCCAAAAAUACUUUCUUCGACUUGCUCAAGGUGCCACAAAGAAGGAAAGGAAAAGAACAAGCAUCCAUGACAUAACCUUAAAUGCUGAAAACAACAAUAUCCCUCUCCCCAUUCAUCAGCAGAAUUGGCUUCCCCCUCCUCCUGUUGUUACAAUUCAGCAGCAGGUGCAAGAAAGGCUCAGCGUGCACAAAUUGUUGGAAGCAAAUGUAACGCAGCAAGCACUAGAAUUGCAGAAAGCACAAGAUAUGAAGCAGCGGCACCCACCAAACAAUAUGCCUCAUCAAAUGGGUGGAUAUGACCAUGUUAACAAAAGCUCUUAG